AACGUCGGAAUAAUACAGUGAGUUGAACUCGAAUUUUCAACUCGGCGGACUUUUAGUUUCUUCUGAUCUCUCGAUUUCGAAAGAUGGAGCAGUCUCUUUCCUCUCUUGCAUUUAAAGGUUCUAUUUUGGAAGCAAUUACUGAAGCAAAAAGAGAGAAGAAACUUUUUGUCGUCUAUAAUGCAGGUGACAAUCCAGACUCAAAACUGUUAGAAACAUCCACAUGGACUGAUCCAAGUGUUUCUGAGACAUUGUCAAAGUACUGCGUUCUGUUACAUAUAUUGGAAGGAAGUUCCGAAGCGUCGAAUUUUUCGGCAAUAUAUCCACAGCAAUCUGCCCCUUGUAUAACUGCUAUCGGAUACAAUGGCGUGCAACUUUGGCAAAAAGAUGGUUUUGUCAGUGCCGAUGUUCUUGCUUCCAGUCUUGAGAAGGCGUGGUUAAGUCUUCAUGUUCAGGAUACAACUGCAGCUUUCCUGACUGCUGCACUUGCUUCUGGAAAACACCUUGCUUCCGGAACUUCUGAGGCUGAAACAUCCGAGCAAGUUACACCAGGGGCACAUGUCUCAACACCACUGUCAGAUGAUCCUAUCGUAUCCGUGGAUGCUGAACAACCAUUACAUUCGGAUAAUAUAGAAGAUAGGAGCAAUUAUGAAGAUGCUUUUAAGGAGACUGAUUCCAAGAAGGAUGACGUGGCUAUUCCUGAACCAUCUCGUGCGACUACGUCGGACAAUGAUGGACUUGAUGAGUCUAUUUCCAAAAUUGAAACAGGAAAUACGUCACAAGACACUGCUGAGAUAGUUCAUAAAAACCCCAAAGUUGCAAAUCUUGACACAGGAAAAAAUGUCGACUUCCAUGAUAAUAAUUCGGGUAGUAGCAACGUAGGUUCUAGAGAGAUUGUCAAUGAAGCCAGUGCAGUGGUGCAUGUUAAUACAGUGGCUGCUGCAGAAGUUGAGAAAACCGAUGCUUCAGAUUCCUCUGCCAUUAAAUCAAAUGAUGUUUUCCUAAAUAUUAGACUUCCUGAUGGAUCUAGCUUACAAGUCAAGUUUUUGGUGACGGACACCUUGAAAAUGGUCAAAGAUUAUAUACACGAAAACCAGACCAGCGGCUUGCGCUCUUUCAGUAUAGCAAUUCCUUACCCUCGCAAGGUUUUCAACGACCAAGAUUUGAACAGCACACUAUCAGAAUUGGGUUUCUUCAAAAGGCAGGCAUUGGUUGUGGUUCCACACAACAAAGGAGGAUCUUCACAGCCUCAAACUUAUUCCUCAACCGAUACCGCCUCUUCGAAUGCAAGUGAAGGAUAUUGGGCAUCCGUGAGAAGAAUUCUAUCUUACGCGAACCCUUUUUCUUAUCUUGGCAGAGGCGCCAGCUCACCAAGCGCUUCCCCCGAGCCCCAAAGUGGCCUAUGGCAAUAUAGCCCAAAUCCUUCACUUCAAAAUAACCUUAGGGAUGGAGGUGGGCCCAGCCCAGCAAUUCCGUCCGAGCAAAGUGGGCCCGGCACGAGUGGCGAAAACAGCAGGAAGAGGCAGCAAAGUGCUCGUUUUGGGGGAAACAUCCACACGUUAAAACACGAUGAGGAAGAUGAUAGUCGGUUCAAUGACAGAAACGCCUUUUGGAAUGGGAAUUCUACGCAGUAUGGUGGUGGUGGUGAUAAUAAUAAUAAUGAUGGGAAGUAAGUUUCGGUUUUUCGACUUUUGGUUACUAUGUAGGAAGGAUUUGAUACAAUCCGAGGCACAACUCUACUUUGUUUAUAAACUGGGAAAUGUUAAGAAAUCAUAAUAAUGGAUAUAUAUUUUUAUACCUCUAUAUAUAUAUAUGUGGGUCAUCAAGUUUUUCUUGUUCUUGAUUUAGAACCCUAAUACUGCACCAUUACAUUCACAGUUAUGAUGUACAAGUUAUUUGCUUUGUAGUUGAUAGUUACUAUUUGUGAUUAUCUUUGUUAUCCAAAAACAUUUUUGUUA